AUGGGGGCUGUUUGGGGCCGACGAAUGGCUGGUGUGGAAGAUAUUGAUAUCCAGGCAAAUUCUGCAUAUCGUUACCCUCCUAAAUCAGGUAGGUGUAUUUAUUUGUUUGGAUACAACUGCAUUUCAGAAUUGAGUGACGCAGUGAAACCUUUAAUGUAGAAAUGAACUAGCAACGGACAUGGCUAUGCAGAUAAAGCUGGUUUAUUAGACACAGUGAAAAUAAAAAUGAAUUAUGACUUUUUAUUGGUAAAUGACUUUUUAACCUUUUGGAUGUCCUUUGGCCCAGCGUAAGCCUUCUGAUCCAUUUUGUCUUCCAGGAAACUAUUUUGCUAGCCACUUUUUCAUGGGGGGAGAAAAGUUUGAGACCCCACACCCAGAAGGCUAUCUUUUUGGCGAGAACACUGACCUGAACUUCCUGGGGAACCGGCCAGUGCAGGUACUUGGGAUAAUGCUUACCUGGGGUGUGCCAUCUGCAAUUCAAUAUACCAUUUUAUAGGUUUCACAACUGCAGGCGCUUGAGCCCAUGAGAUGCUGGUUUAAUCUCCCAUCUUCUCUUAUAAGGUUUUUGUAAAACCACUGCAGAGAAGUGAUGACCGAUCACAUUGCAUGCUGAAUGCUCCUUACAAUUUUCAUUUAAAGGGCUACACCAGGUUGAGAUUGAUACAAUUUUAAGGCAUUCUAAAUUAAAUUAUAUAUACAGAAUCAUUUCAGCAUAGAAGUGUCUGCAUAUUCUGCAAAUUGCUAGGAUUUGCAGUGAACUCUAACCACACCUGGAAAUAGCUGAAUUAUUUCAGCCAAUCCUAUUGCUCACCUAACUUUCUGUAGGAUUGCGAAGGAUAUGCCAUAAACCUGUCCCUCUGCAGUUUGUGGGAUAAGUGCUUUAUAGUCUGCAUCGGUUUCAUGAAAAGAUACAAGGGAAAUAUCUGCUCAGUGUAACCAAUCAGCAGUGGGACUUUUGGUCCAUAGGUUUCUAGAGCCUCUUGUUGUUUCAAUGCUUUAAUGUGUUUACUACUUGUACACCUUUACCUGCAGUUCCCCUAUCUGACUCCAGCCCCCCACGAGCCUGUGAAAACUCUGCGAAGUCUGGUGAAUAUUCGCAAGGAUUCCCUGCGUCUAAUCAGGUAAAAACCAAUAUGCUGCCAUGGAAACCUUGGUUCAUUGCAGGACCUGCUGUCUAAGGAUACUUUUGUAUGUGUUUGCAGGUACAAAGAUGGCGUUGACAGCCCCCUGGAAGAUGGAGGGAAGCCACGGGUGCUGUAUGGACUAGAAUUCACAUUUGACGCAGACGCUCGUGUAGCUAUAACCGUGUACUGCCAAGCCAGUGAGGAGUUUGUUGGAGGCACGGCAGUGUAAGUCAUGGGGUGGCUUCCAUAUGCAGUGCAUCAUGGGUAGCAGGAUCGGGUGAUAUUGUCUCCUGGUUUCUGAGAGUUGGAUGUUGUGUCGGAUUAAUGUGAAAGAUGUAAAUGCUGCUGAGUUUUAGCUACUUAAGUGUAAUUAUACUCAAUAAAUCUAUGGAACGUUAUAUAUACUUAUAAAGCAUCCUGAUUUAUUUCUAUUCACAUGGAUAAUUUUUCUUUUCACUCUUUGCAUGUGUUGACCUCUAUAUGGUACAUGUCUGUGGCUGAAGUCAUAACUGAAUUUUUAGAAAUCUCUUAUUUUUUUUCCUGCUGGGAGACCUUCUAAACGGCACUAAAUUCAUUACAUGGAAUAUUGUAUUUUGCAGACUUUGUAGUUUAUUCACUAAUCCGCUAAUGAUGGUGUAUUGAAAACUGAAUCGCUAAAAUAACCAGCUUAUUGCUUGUAUCCUUUCUUGCUGCAGGUACAGCCCCCGCAGCGCCGCUCUGCAGUCCCAGACUGUGUAUUAUAAGAGAGGACUAAACCAGCAAUUUUCUCUCCCAGCAUUCAAGAUAGAUUUCAGUGACUGGAAGGAUGAAGAGGUAGGUAGUGCAGAUCAGUACAUGCUAUAGGAUCUGUCCACUAUCCGUUGGCUAAAGAUCAGUUCGUACUAUAUCAUAUCUGCCCUACCUUCUGAUUGCAGCAGAAUAGUAUGUGCCAUGUCUCCUGCCUCCUGAUUGAUCAUUUAACCAUCUCAUCCACAAACGUAUAAUUCUGCUAACAUUAUCUCCACGUAUGUCUGGCAUUGAAGUAAAGAAAAACUUAGUUAAAGGAACAUUUCAAGCACCAUAACCACUACAGUACGUGGGUAUGUGCCAGAAAUGCCGUGGUGCCCUCUCAGUGUAAGUAAUCAAACUGCUUGCAAAUAGUUUGACACAUUACUUGAGGCCUGCUGGUCACCAUUUAACUCCUUCAGGAGGGCUGGAAGCUCUCCGCAUUGAUCUAGCAAACUAUUUAACUAUUUGGCACCAUUCUUACAGCGCAGUCUAGUAGUUCUAGUCCUUCGAGUGUUCCUUUUAAAUUGGACUAGCAGGUUUAUUUUGAUGGUUGUGGGCAAAGUAUGUGUCUGUCUGUCAUCUUUGGGUUAACAUUUAAUUCUUUAUAUAUAUAUAUAUAUAUAUAUAUAUAUAUAUAUAUAUAUAUAUAUAUAUAUAUAUAUAUAUAUAUAUAUAUAUAUAUAUAUAUAUAUAUUUUAAAAAAAUUCUCUCUCUCUUUUUUUUUUUUCCCCCCUUCAGCUGAACCUUGACCUGGAUAAAUGCACCAUACCUCUAGUCAUUCAUGCGGUUGUGUCCGAGGGAGGAGGUAUGUUAAGAACUGUAUAUAAUGCUCCAUGUUCAGAUCGAUGGUCCUGUGUUUAGUAGAGUCACACGUGACAAUGUGGCAAAUCUGGAUCUCUGACUUCCAAACAUUUUGCUGACUCUUCGGAUGUUGCAACUUGUUUUCUCAUGCCGCUGUUCCCUCUGCUUGUGUCUAUAGAUGGCUCCGGUCAUGCUCAUGUGCUGUUGGCUGCAUUUGAGAAGGUAAGAUCCGCUUUUUUUUAAAAAAAAAUUUAUUUUGUAAAGUGGAGAGUCGUCCUAGGUGUUUUAUCCAACACUGUUCUAUAUAUUACUCCAGGACGUUUGAUUAUUUAUUUUAUUUUUUUUAACAUUUUAUCUUAUGUUUAUUUUCCUCUUUUUGCAGCAUGUGGAUGGCAGUUUCUCAGUGAAGCCUUUAAAGCAAAAACAGAUUGUAAGUAUUUAGCUGAUGCUGCACACAAUCUGUCCUAUCUGUGUAACGUUUCUGCACAGUGGAAAACAACUAUUAUUUGAUGCUGUAAUGGGACGUGGGAGUGAUGAGAUUGUGUUGUGUAUCUCACAGGUGGAUCGAGUCAGUUACCUCUUACAAGAAAUCUACGGCAUUGAGAACAAGAACAACCAAGAAACAAAGGUAAGAAAACCAUGCUUUCUCUGCAUGCGCCGCACUGCCUCUGCUCGUCUAGCAUAUUUUAGCUGCUUGUAUUUUCUUUUCUCUGUAGCCCUCUGAGGACGAAAACAGUGAUAAUAGCAAUGAAUGUGUGGUUUGUCUCUCUGACCUAAGGGAUACGCUGAUCUUACCAUGUAGACAUCUGUGUCUGUGUAACUCAUGUGCAGACACCCUGCGUUACCAGGCCAACAACUGCCCCAUCUGCAGGCUGCGUGAGUACUGCUAUUAAAUUUGUGUGCUGUGAGAUGUGAGUUAAAUGCCACCGUCUAUAAACCCUGUAAGAGUAGUCGGAAAAGAAAAAGGGGUUGAAGGGCUGCGCUAUUUUAAAGGAGAUGAUAAAUAAUAAAUAUUAAAAUAGUCUCAAUAUAAAAAUAGUCUUUUAUAAAUAAAAUAAAUAAAUAAAACAGAGUCCAUCCAACAGUAGAGAUCAAAUGAUAAAAUGUCCAAUAAAAUGUAUAAAAAAACUUCUCACUGAUAUGUGGAUAGGCCGUGUAUACAGUCCUCAGGGGUUAAUCCAUCCGAGUUUUAGGUAAUCCGUAUAUGUGGAAAUAAAAAGCACAACAAGCUUCCAAUGGUAUAGUAUUGUAAUGAGAGAGUAAGCGAAAAAGGAAAAAUGGAGGAUAAUACACUCACAUUUGUUGGAACUUUGGACCAGCUCUUGGAUGAAGGGCACUUAGCGGUAUAAUCCCCGCUAAAGGAUAUGCUGUGGAAAUGGGUCUGUCCGUCCGACUUGGGUUCCGUAGUAUUCCGCAGGAUAUAUAAAAACAGUAAUAGUGCUUUCAGUUGGAAGAGAUAAAAGAAUAUUAAAAUAAAAUAAAAUAUACUCACAAUGAUAGAGCAGGAAAUACUGCUCUAUAGGAACAGGGCUGGUGGAAUAAUCCCCACUUUUGGAUUGCUUUAAGCAGGAUACAAUAAAAUGCCAGGAAAAAUAAAUGAAUAAAAAAUGUGUUUGUACAAUAAAACAAGAUUGGUCCUAUAAAUAAGGGUACCAAAUAAAAGUUUUUAUUGUUAAAAUACACAGUAUAACCAUUUGACGCGUUUCACCUCAUGGGCUUUAUCAAAAAUGGCUAAAGUCUUUAGCCAUUUUUGAUAAAGCCCAUGAGGUGAAACGCGUCAAAUGGUUUUAUACUGUGUAUUUUAACAAUAAAAACUUUUAUUUGCGGGGGCGGAGCCAGCAGCCGGACGUGUCUCUCGGGAGCUCCGUUCAAGCUGGGGAAAAACAAGCUGUUCCUGCCCAAUUUCCCCUACCACACCAGCCCUACCAACUUCGUAAGACGAUGGGGCGCAAAAGCAAAAAAUACCGGACGGAAAAACACCCCAAUACCGCCGAUAUCCAUCAGUGAGAAGUUUUUUAUACAUUUUAUUGGACAUUUUAUCAUUUGAUCUCUACUGUUGGAUGGACUCUGUUUUAUUUAUAAAAGACUAUUUUUAUAUACUGAGACUAUUUUACUAUUUUAAUAUUUAUUUAUCAUCUCCUUUAAAAUAGUGCAGCCCUUCACCCCCUAUUUCUUUUCCGAUAUCUCUCUAAGGGUUCUUGAGGGAUUCCCUUUUUAGGGUUGCAGCUUAUAUUUCUUUUUUCGUGAAUAUGAUUUUUAUUCAUUUUGUGUAUUUAAAUUUGCGGUGAGACGCGCAGGUCUCCAUUGCAUGUUAUUAUAAAAGGUAACAAAUUAGGCUCGCAGGCCCCAUCACAGAAGGACUCGCAGGUCCCCAUUUUCUGGUAUUUACAUUUGUUUGGGACUAUAAAUUAAGUAACGUUUUCAUGAACUGAGUGAACAUAAUGCUUUGUAAUCGUCCUUGAACCAGAUUAAUCAGUCUUUGAUUAGGUGUCAGUGUUUGUAGGCCACCCCUAUGGUCCCUGUCCACGGCGUCUCAUCGGGCCCUGUGUCCUUAGCUAUGUGUCAUCGACCGUGGUGGGCUUGUGUUUACCCCCGUUAUUACUAUCGGUGUUUCCCGUGUUUAACCAGGGGAAUGGUGGUAUUGCGGGUAAAGGGUACCCUUACCUUGGGCGUGUGGAUACUGCAUUAGCCGUGUCAAUGCUGGGCUUGUGCAGCUUAUAUUUCUGUUACUUAGUGCAGACUCCUCCCCCUUUCUUUUCCUGUAAGAGUAGUGUCUGUGUGUCUGUAAAGUUAUGCUUCAAUGUAAGUAUAAAACGUUUAAUACUGCAGACGUUUUGAAUGUGUGGUGGAUCACUAAUGUAUGCACGGAGAGAGAGGCUGCCUGCAUGAGAAGAAGGAGAAUCCGUUGUGUGACACAUUGUAUUGUCUUGUGCAGCGUUUCGGGCCCUCCUGCAGAUCCGGGCCGUUCAGAGGAAGCCAGGUCCUCUGCCUCCAAUUUCUUUCAGCCCAGUUCUAGCUCAGAGCCUGGAUCAUGAUGACAAUUCUGUGAGUAUUCCCGGAGUAGCAGCAGUAAAGGAGGGCUUCAACCAAAUAUAUUAUUAAACAUUCUUGUUUUCAGGGUGCUGACAACCUGCCUCCGGGAUUCGAACCCAUCUCGUUGUUGGAGGCCCUCAAUGGGCUACGUUCUCCACCUCCUACUGCCCCACUAUAUGAGGAGAUUCCCUAUAAUGAGGGGCUUCCUGUCCGUGGACCCGCAGACAAUUCUGCACACAAAAGCAAGCAUGUAAAGUCCCCUGACAGGUGAGACCAUCCAUAUUGGGUUUUAUUUUCAGAGCUGCUUUUCUUCCCAUUGGCCUUGGAUAUGUCUAAUGAUACUGUUUCUCCCACUGUUAGUGCUCUACGCUCACCCUCUUCUCCCAUCCAUGAAGAAGAUGAGGAAACGUCGACCACUUCUGACAGUGAUAGACCUGCUCUCCUCGGAUCCCUCAGCAGAGACCCUUUACACACUGAGGUGAAUAUCACUCCUUGGUUAGAGCCGGGAUUCAGACUGUAUCUCUGGCCAUUGAUCUAAAAUCUGUUUGUCUCCAUAGGCUCUCUCACCUACUGGCACCCCAGAGAUUGUGUCCACUCAUCAAGGUGAGUGACUGGUGCCUGAGAGCGGAUUAGCCCCAGUGUGUUAUCAGUUCUAUGUUUUUAUACUUUAUUCCUUUCAUUGAUGGUCUGUAUUUAAUUAUCCACUAUUAAUAGCCUUAUCUGUCCCUUUGUGACAUCAUCAUAGGCCCUGUGCAAACCAUUGCAAUUACACUAACCUGUGCAAUAUUUCUUAAAAAGAAGAAGCUAUGGGUAAAGCUGUUGCUGCCUCCUGGGAGCUUGCUAUAGCUGCUUGUACAAACAGAGUACCAUGAAACCAUGUAGCCACGGUGGGGAGUUUGCGGUUAAUAUCUGCCUUGAUAACGCUCUCCUGAGGAAGCUGCUAGACACGAGCCGUUUCAAGACAUCCUCACCUUCUCAUGGGGGCUCUUUGAGCCCAGACCUAGGCAGACAGAGAGAAGAAUUAACGACUGAGAUCAUCUUCUGAAGCCCAGGAGUGGGUUUAACAAUUCUUAGACCAGAUGAAAAUGAUUUUGUUUCUCCUUUCAUUGUUCAGUAAUGAAUAGUUUAUACUGAAUCUUAUUCACUUCUGAACUUGUUACACAAAAUCUGUUUCAUUUUUGUAACAUGGGUGACGUGUUGCUCAGAUUGAUAUAAAUUCCUAGGGCUUCACUGAUUUUAAAAAAGUUGCCUUUAAUGUAUUUUUACUGCUUGAGAUGAUUUAUGGCGGUGUUCGGGUAAAACAGGACUAAUCUCUUGGCAAAUGUUUUCUAUAUAAACCUCCCCCAUUGGACUCUAUAGUUUCAUGUUUAUUAGACUAGUUGUCCUGUAGGCAUGAUGUGUGCAUGUUCAAGCUGUCAUAUUACGUGGAUCUACCUCCUUGCCUGGUAUUUGCCUGCUCACUGCCAAGUCACUCCUUUUAUUUCAUUCUUAUUAAUAAAACUUGGUUGCUUUAAGUUCUAGUUGCUCACUUGAGACGUUUUAUCUUUUUUUUUUUUUUUCUUUUCUUUCUCUCACCGUCUCUAGGUUCCCGAUCACAGCCUCAAAACGAUGUCCACAAGGAAUUUUCCGACCCCUUACAGAUGAAGGAGGAAGAGACAACAGAUGUCACCGGUAAGUUCACACCUAAUUAUUCAUUUCUAGGUGAUCUCAGUGGCUAAUGCAGUCAGGAUUAUUCCUUAAAGAGAAAAUUCAAGGUGAAUUCAAAGUGAGUUUCAAAUGUAAGACCAGAGUAACCAAACUGGAAGCCAAUCUAGCUUAAAUCAUUUUUUUCUCGUUUGGCUGUUUUUCCCUUAAAGGGAAACUAGUGCUAGGAAUACAAAGUUAUAUUCCUAGCACUAUAGUACCCUCUGGCCAUCUAUACCCCCUAGUCUCCCUGGUAGACAGCCAGUAACUGCAGUAAUUAUCAUUGUAGGGUUAAUGGGACAGUAACACUGCGCCCAGGCCACUUCAAUGAGCUGAAGUGACCCUUGAAAUUUACCUUGAAUUCUUACUUUUGUGAAUGAGUAUCCGUAUUGCUGUUUUAAUGUUUGAAUUCUCUUAUACCCCUAAGGGUCGGGGAUUUUGAUGAAUUCAGUGUAGUUACAUUAAAUCUUCUCUCCCGGGGUGAGCCUGGAGGUUGAAUUAAGCCCAUCUGAAAAUCCUUUCUUAACCAAAGCACAACUCCUAGUAGAACUGUUGCUUUGUGAAGAAAUCACAAUCUAGUUCUUUUCCUAUGAUAUCAGGCACAUUUAACCUCUUCUUAGCCAUGUUCUAAACUCUUUUACCUUCUCUCUCCCGGCAGCUUUGGGUCCUGACUCGUGCUCCAUUGGCAUUGAUGAGUGA